CUCCAGCGCUUGCAGUGGGAAGUGGCUUGCAGGAGGCGGCUCCGUUACUCGGGCGUCGGUGGCGGCUGUAGUAGCAGCAGCAGCAGCAGCGGUGGUAGCUAGAGCAGCUACAACAGCCUCGUGAGCACCAUCGGAGGCCGGAGCUGCCGCAGGGCCGGGGGUCACAGCGUCAGUGCAGCGGACUCCCCACCGAAGCGGCAUCAGCAAUCUCGCUCGUUGCUUCCUUCCUCUCUCCCCUCUCGCACACAAUGGCUGAUCAGCUGACCGAGGAGCAGAUUGCUGAAUUCAAGGAAGCCUUCUUCCUAUUUGACAAAGAUGGCGAUGGCACCAUCACGACAAAAGAACUUGGAACUGUCAUGAGGUCAUUGGGUCAAAAUCCAACAGAAGCAGAAUUACAGGAUAUGAUCAAUGAGGUGGAUGCUGAUGGUAACGGCACUAUUGACUUUCCUGAAUUUUUGACCAUGAUGGCUAGAAAAAUGAAAGAUACAGACAGUGAAGAAGAAAUCCGUGAGGCAUUCCGAGUCUUUGACAAGGAUGGCAAUGGCUACAUCAGUGCGGCAGAACUACAUCAUGUAAUGACAAACUUAGGAGAAAAACUAACAGAUGAAGAAGUAGACGAAAUGAUCAGAGAAGCAGAUAUUGAUGGAGAUGGACAAGUCAACUAUGAAGAAUUCGUACAAAUGAUGACUGCAAAAUGAAUACCUCCUCUCACCUUUUCCCCCCUCUAGAUGAAUCAAAUUGAAUCUUUUACUUACCUCUUGCAAAAAAAAAAAGUUCAUUUAUUCAUUCUGUUUCUGUAUAGCAAAACUGAAUGUCAAAAGUACCUUCUGUCCACAAAAAAAAAAAAAUCUGCAUGUAUUUGUUGGUGGUCCUGUCCCCAAAAGAUCCAAUUAACACAUGAGUUUUACAAUAUAAGUACUUGUACUACUACCUUAAAUGAUAAGGAAGCACUUAGUGGACUCUCCUUCAAGUUACAUUUGCUAAUGAUUAUGACACUGGGCUGGCCAGUUUUUCAUGCAUGCAGCUUGACAAUUGAGCACAGUCAGACAUUUGUAUUAAAAAAAGAAAAAAAAA